ACAAGGUAAAUAAAUUUGCCUGCCACAGCUUUCAUCAUCAGAAAAGAAAGAAAACCAUCCAGACUCAGAGGCCAUGGCGUCAAAGGGAACAUGGAUCUGGAUUUGCUCACUCGCAGCCUUGUCCGUCGCUGCAGCUCAAGUUGAAAGUGUAAUGAGGAACUGCACCACACAGACGGACCUCUUGGAGCGUCUAUCGGCCGAUGUCAAGGGGGCAGUGGAGUGCAGUGCAGACCUGCCCUCAGUGUGGACGAGGCAGCAGUCGUCUGCACUCCUGCUGUCCAUGAGGAAUCUGACGGGUUUACUGCACCGACACCAGCUGACAGACUGCCAAGGUGCUGAGCCGAAGAAAUGUCCGAAACCUGAAGUGCCCAGCAACGGAGGUUUGGCUUGUGUCACGGUCGGCAACAAGCGCUACUGCAAACCGUUGUGCAACUUCGGUUAUGAUUUUAGUUUCCUGAGGAGGAGUCGUUUGUUUGAAGAAUGCAGUGAGAGGACAGGAUAUAAGUGGGAGACGCAGUUCAUCGGGGGAAACAACUUGGCUGUGUGCAACGAAGCCACUAGUCAAGUUUCCGGAUCAGAGUCUGCGUAUUUCCCCAAAGAUCAGGACUGCCUGACGACCCAGAGCCAGCUGCGCGACAGCUUCCUCCAGAGGCUCAACGCUGAGCUGCAGGUCCAAGGCGUUCAGGGCCAGCCAAAGAACGCCUGUCUCGUUUGUGGAUGACCGCGGUGUCUGUGUGUGUUUGUGUGUGUUGAGGUGUCCAGCUGGGUCGACCUCUCACCUUAAUUUAAAGCCACUUGCCCACAAGGAAUAAUAAAAAAUAAAAGAACUA